AUGGAGGCCGCCGCCAAGUUUUGCCGCACCUUGAACUGCCACUUGGUGGUGCCGCGCGGCACCGACUGCCGCCCGGAUCGACAAGCUGUGGCCUCCAUCCGAUGGCCGGGGACACCAGGCGCAAGGUACACUUAUCGAGGCACCUGGAUGUCCUUGAGCGCCGUAGAAUGGUAUCUGGAGCGCCAACAAAACGGCGACACCUAUCGUGUGGCACAGUUCCUUGCCACCAGCGACGGGCGGACCGUGGCAUUGCAGUUCCUUGAAAGUUUCCCCAAGCCAGGGUGGGUGCCUGUUCUAUUCACUGUGGAUGUGGCAGAGCAGCCCUGCCACGUCGGACUUUUGGAGACCUUAACCUGCGUGCCGGGCGAGAGCGAGUGGCUGUUCCCCCCGGUCUCCACCUUCCGAGUCAUGGCUACGGCUGAGUACGAUCCGAGCCGUCCCAGCACCGCUGCAGACCCGCUGCACAUCCAUGUGCAGGCUUGCAAGGACAACAUGACGGAGUCUACCCUACUCCCCACAACCUCUUGGAGCUGA